UUAACCGUUUCUGAACUCGGAACCCGUGGAUCACAGAAAACCGCUUUACCACAACUGCCAAAUGAACAUCUGGUUUAUCGUAUCCGUGUCAUGAGAAACGAUUCUGCUACAUAAUUGCGAUUAUCUGCAGAAACAAAGUGACAAUGAGCGUUUCUGUUGGGAACACCAUUACAUAAUCUGGGAUUCAUCGAAUAAUGCGACACCUAACAAUCCAUAAAAAUGACCAAAAUUGAUCGUCUGAAUGUCCGAGUGGAAAAACUGCUGUUUAAAGCAGUGCAGGAGGUUCUGGAGGUGGUGAAGGAGACAGUGUCGGAGUACCAGGAGAAAACUGCCCGAACCCAGAGGGAGAACCAGAGUUUGAAGAGGAGACUGCUUGAACUCCAAGAGAAGAUACAACUGGAUAGCAAUGGAAUUGUGCCACAAAUUCCCUCUUCAUCCCAGCCAGUCAAGGAGGAAUUGCAUCCCACAAAGCAGAAACAGAGCGAGGAGCUGGAAGAGGUUAUUGAACUCGCCCCCUCUGAUAAGGAUAUUCCAGUAAUUUGUCCCUCAAAUCCAUAUGAAGACCUGGACUGUGAGACAUCCAUCAUACCAUUAGCUACCCCUUGUCUCUCUCCUAAGUGUACAACAGGACUACUAGUGGAUGAGGAUUAUUUACACAACUCAAAGACUCUUAAAACUGAGGCUGAUCAUAGACUGUCAACACCCAUUUCAAACCAAGAAGACCCCAUAAUUGCGGUUACAAUAACUGAACAUGAUAAAAUUAAAGUAGAAUCUACAUCAAAUGAAGUCGCCAUGCACACCACAAAUUACUUUCAUGAUGAUGCUACUAGAGGCAUUACAUCCUUCAGCAGGAUAAACCCAGAACCUCCUGAAGCCAAUACAGGGCUCCAUAUUGAGCCAGAUGGUUUCUGUCUGGACCAAAAUGGCACAGAGCCACUGUCUCAAAGAUACAACAAAGCAAACAGUGCUGGAGCAGUAAAACAACACACCACUCCAACAAACAUGAAAGCGUGUGGUUCAGACUCAAAUACAUUUGAGAAGAACGCAAGAAAACACUACUGCUGCUCUCUGUGUGGUCGCACCUUCAGGCACGCAGGCGACUACAAGAAACAUAACCGGGUCCACACGGGAGAGAAGCCUUACUGCUGCUCCGUGUGCGGGAAGCGCUUCAGCCAGUCGGGCUACCUGACGGUGCACCUGCGCUACCAUACAGGAGAGAAGCCAUUCGGCUGCAGUCAUUGUGGCAAAAGUUUCAGUCACUCAAGUAACAUGAAAAAACACCAGCAGACUCAUCUGUGAGUCAGCUGUGUUUUCAGUAGCUGAUGUAUCCAUCAUUUUUCAAUUGUUGUUAUUUGUAUUUAGGAAUGAACACUGAAAAUGGCUAUGAGCUACAAAUUGAAGUAUUUGGAGUCUCAAGUAAAGUCAAUUUUAUCCUCAGUGUCAGUGGGGCGUAUUGUUUUAGGGCAGCUGUGGCUCAGGAGGUAGAGCGGUUGUCCUCCAAUUGGACGAUUGGCGGUUCGAUUCCCGGCUCUUCCAGUCCACAUGUCGAUGUGUCCUUGGGCAAGACACUUAACCCCAAAUUGCUCCCGUUGUUGUGCCAAUGGUGUAUGAAUGAUUAACUGUGUAUGAUUGUAACUGUGAAUGAUUAACUUCCUCCUGAUGAGCAGGUUGGCACCCUGCGUGGUAGCUCCUGCCAUCAGUGUAUGAAUGUGUGUGAAUGAGUGAAUGACAUGUAAUGUAUAACGCUUUGAGUGGUUGUAAAGACUAGAAAGGUGCUAUAUAAGUACAGUCCAUAUUGCAACCCUAUUUAAAAAAUGAUGCAGCUGCAGAGUGUCACAUGGAAAACUAAAUGUGCCUUUUUUAUCAAAACAGGAAACUUAGAGCACAUGUCAGCUUUCAAAGUCUUGAGCACAAUUUGAAAUUUCCCAUUCUUACUAUUGCCUGUCAGUCUUUCAGAGAUUGUGUUUGCUGUGGUGCGCAUCUACUGUGGAUAUGCACAUGAAAAUUUACAGAUUGAAUAAAUGUGUUUGGUACUUCUGUAUGGUAAAUUGUUCUGCUUUGCCUGCAAGAUUACUAUACAUCGAUCAUGUAUAAACUGAUUCCUCAAACCAAAAUCAAUGAUUGUAUCAUCAAAAAGUUGCUGGGUAGAACUUCAGGGCAUGAAUCAUUAAAAGUGCAUCAAUUUGUUGUGACUGAUGAAAUGACCCAAAA